AUGAUGGAAUUAGAUAACAAGGGUUCUACUGAUAAGAAUACUAAGAAGAAGUAUGUACUUUCCAGACCUGUAAGCGUCAAUAACAAUAGGGCUCAAUCCAACGAGAGUCAUAGUACCGAUACAAAUGAAUCUAAUAGCUCUGAAGAUAGGAAAGAAAGAAAUAAGUCGAUUAACUAUCUAGGAUGUGUCAUUUCAUUUUUUAACGGUAAUGAUCACAAGUAUCGGUAUCUUGGUGUAACUAUUUUAAUUAUCGCACUCGUGUUUGGUCUAUUACCUGGUCCUGGUCCAGACAAACCUCCUUCAAGAUUUUUCAAUAAUCUUGCUAAUAUGAUCAUCGGAAUCUCUCGUGACAUCGACAGUGUUAAACUUCCAGCCGCAGAUAAAGUUAUUGACCAUGUUGUAGCAUGCCGUAGAGCUGCGAAUAUGAUUCGAAAUAGUCCAGCAUUUAAAAGUUACGGUGUCCACAUAUCAUCAGGCCUUGUUAGCUUUGGAGAGAAAAUCGUUCUGGCCGGUCGUGGACUAAGAAACAUGAAUAGCAAAGGUUCAUCGUUAUAUGAAUCGUUUGAUGUAGAAGUUGAUGCGAUGAUGCAACGACUACGAUCCAAUGCACGACAAGGUGAUUCUAAAUACUUUAAGGAAAGGUUGAAGAAUUUAAUCAUAAAGGUACAAGAUUUUAGGAAAGUAGUUGGUAAAACUCAAAUGGCUUUUAAAAUCGCGGAAGAUACUAGACAGUCUGCCGAAGGUUAUAUCAUAGACGGAAUGAGAGAAGCUGAAAAAUUUGUUACUAAAAACGACGAACAUCGUGUUGAUAUUGUUAGAGCUCACAAAGAAAUUGGGACGGUUAAUGAAAUUUUGGUUCAUUUAAAAGAUACUGCUGGUAAUUUAAUGCAAAUGCAUACAUUUUUAAUGACUUAUGAGGAUAGACUUUUGGACCUUCAGGUUAGUCUUGACAAACCUGGCACCGAUUAUGAAUAUGGCAUAUUUGAAGUUACGAAGCCAGAUCUUAAUUAUUUAAAAAUUUCUGUUGAUAAGUUGAAAGAUUAUCAUCAAAGCUUUGAUAUAAAGGCUGGAAUCUCCAAUUAA